CCUAGCUACACAAGACGCUGAGCUCAGACCCCAGCGUGUUAGGUGUAAGGAGACCCCGGCCCCAUGGCAGGGAAAAUGAUUAGCACCGAGGCGGCCCAGCGUAUGAACUUCGUAGCCCAGGACGAGAUCUGGAGAUACCGCCUCAAGGCCGAAUCCGAGGCACGGAAAAACUGGGCCCAGAACUGGGGAUUUUUGACAACCCCGUUGGAAGAGUUGAUCCAGGGUGAAGAACCUCGCACCCUAAAGCCAAAACUUGAGCUUCCUGAGCACUUCCACAUCCGGCCCGUGACCCCCGUGGAGAAAUACAUCAAGGUCCUGCCGUCGCCCCCGGUCCCGCAGACCACGCAGGGCUUCAUCGGCUGGCGCUCGGCGGUGCAGGGCCUCAACAAGUGCCUGGAGCAUGACAGCGCCAUCCGCAGCUGCAAAGGCACCUACGCCCGGAGCCUGGGCUGGCCCGAGCAGGGCGUGCACUGAGCCUGAGCCUGGGCCUGGCCAGGAGCAGACCCAGGCUGCGGAAUGAGGAAGAAGCCCACCCAAAGCUCUGAGGUCCCUGCAGCUUCUCCCAGGGGUGCAGCACAGAACACAAAGUCAGCUGCAAGCCACCCGGCUCCAGCCUUCCAAAGGUCCACGGAAUGAAUACAGCCAAUAGAA